AUGGUGCUUGAAAGUGUGGUCUCCUCUUUUUAUCCGCCUACGUCGAAAACUUUCAAUCCCAAGCAGCUCAACGUUGGGAUAUGGGGUGGUGAUAUCAAACUCAAGGAUUUGAAGCUUAAGAAAGGCGCAUUGGACAAGUUCAGGUUACCUGUAGAUGUGCUUGAUGGAUCUAUCAGUAGUUUGGUUUUGACGGUACCAUGGACGGCCUUAGGUAGUCGACCCGUGAAAGCAGUCAUCGAAAACAUUUAUCUGUUGGCUGUACCCCGAAGUGAAAACAAUUUUGAUUCGGAAGAAGAUGAGAAGAGGAAACAGGCGUCGAAGAUGGAAAAGCUCAAGAAUUCAGAAUUGUUACUCUCACCAACUGCCGCAACCACCGAUAACAGCGAAGAAGCAAAUAAGAACGAGUCGUUUGUUGCCGCAAUGACAAACAAGAUUCUUGACAAUCUGCAACUAAGAAUAAAAAACGUUCACAUUCGAUACGAAGACAAGCUCUCAGUUCCCGGCCAUCCGUUUUCUGUCGGGUUUACUCUGGCAGAACUCUCAGCCGUAUCAACAGACGAGAAUUGGCAAGAGAGCUUUAUCGUCGGCUCCAAAACUGGUGUCCACAAGCUUACAAAGCUUGAUUCAUUAGCAAUAUACUUCAACACCGAUUCGAUUUCACUUGCCAGUCUUGACAACCCAGAAGAAUUUCAAGAACGAUUCACGAACAUGAUAGCCAGAACCGAAACAUCAGACUCAGACGCAAAGCCCAAUGUAUUACCUGAUCAUCAAUAUGCCUUGAAACCUGUCAGCGGUGAAGGAAAACUGAUACUCCGAAAGCAUCCAACAAAUGAACUAGCCAAAAUCAAUUGCGAGUUGACUUUCGAAGAAUUGGCCUUUUUGAUUGACGCAGACCAAUACCGAGAUGCGCUUUCAUGCCUAGACCUAUUCCAUUUCUAUACGAGACAUCGAGAGUACCUGAGAUUCCGGCCGAGUGAACAGGAUAUGACCGACAACAAAGCCAAAGCUUUGUGGUCUUUCGCCCUCGCGGUCACCAAGCACGAAGUACAUCAAAAGGCGUACAAAUUAAGCUGGGAUUACCUGCGUCAAAGAAGGGAUGAUCGCAAAAUGUAUAUCGGACUGUUUAAAGCGGUCCAACAAGGCACCCUUCCAGAAGAUACUCCCGAGUUGAUGGAACUGGAACAAAGGCUCGAUUAUCAAGACAUCAGAUUCUACAGAUCUUUGGCGAGAUCAGAGAUGCGCAAAGAAAGGAUAACGGCUCAAAAAGGAGAGAUCAAUACCAAUGCAGCUGCGACAACCGGUUGGAUGGGAUGGAUCUGGGGCGGCGGUCAAGCUAAUACUGAAAGCGGACACGAUUCGGGACAAACCGAUGGCGUCUUGAGUGAAGAAGAAAAGAAACAGCUUUAUGAUGCCAUCGAAUGGGACGAGCGAGAUGCCGCGUCUUCUGCUAUCGAUCUGCCUCGAGAUGCGAUGCUAAUGAAUAUUCGUACCGAGCUCAGGACUGGAUCGUUCACCCUUCGUUCAGGAAAAUCACCAGGAGCUUCAACUCAAGGCGGCUCGGGGCAUAACAUCAUAUCUCUCGUAUUCGAUGGCUUCUCAGCUGAUACUCUCCAAAGGACCGAGAAUAUGGAACUGAGUCUUAGCUUGGCUGGACUUCGGGUCUAUGAUGGAACUGUCAAAAAUAGUAAACAUCCUCAGAUUGUCAGAGUCAAGGAAAUGCGGUCAAGAAGACCAGGUGGAAAUCGUAAUUCUCAAGCCCUGCAAUCCAAUCCUAAUGCUACCGGCGAUCUACAAAGCAAACCGACCGAGUCGGAUCCGUUCUUUUUCCUAAAGUUUGAGCACAAGCCCCUUGAUGACCGAGCUGACAAUGCCAUCACACUCAACAUGAGACACAUGGAGAUCGUUUAUCAUCCCAAUUACUUAGAAGACGUAACUAAAUUUUUCCGCCCGCCGGCUAGCCAACUGGAGUCUGUAGGGGCGCUUAUCGACGUUGCCAGCUCAACACUCGAAGGCAUUCGUCAAGACACAAGAGCGGGCCUUGAAUUUGCUCUACAGACCCAUAAAACCGUCGAUAUCAAGGUUGAUAUGAAUGCUCCAAUCAUCAUCAUUCCGCAGGAUGUUACUAGGCACGACUGCCAUCAUAUAAUACUUGAUGUUGGUCACAUUGCCGUUUCUAGCAAUCUAAUGUCACAAGAACGCCUCGAGACGAUCAAAGCUAAACAAAAUCGACAAUAUACAAAUGACGACUACGCCCAAUUGGAGUCGAUGAUGUAUGAUCAAUUUCAUGUCGAAUUAACGGACACUCAACUCCUGCUGGACAAAUCCUUCGAGAAAUGUCUCGUAGCUUUGGACGAACCAAGGGGACAUGAAGAAGCACACCUCAUCGAGCGGAUUUCGAUGAGUUUUAACGUGUUCAACUGUAUGGUCGAUAAUGCCCCUAACCUCACCCGUUUCAAAGUACAAGGCGACCUACCUGAACUCCGUGUGAACUUCUCUGAUCGCAAAUAUAACAUUGUCAUGUCCAUGAUCGACGUUGCUCUACCAAACUUCAAGGAUGAAUCUGAGACUGAAAAAGCGUCCGAAAAUGACAAGCAUGAAGAGACUGCUCUCAAAGCGCCAAUUAAUCAAAACAAGUUAGCGCGAAAGCCGAAAAAACAGUCGUUUCGAAUGCCGGCGUUCUUCUCACAUGAAGCUAGUUUGACCUAUGAUCUUGGCGACGAAGAGCGCCCGCCACACCAUGUGCGCGAAGUCACUAAUCCCGGGGAGGAUGACGAGUUUUUUGAAGCGCCUGACUUAUCGCAGGCUGAACAGACUGUUAAUUUUAGGCAAAAUAACUUUCAACUCCAGUUUACUGUCGGAAAACUCAUUGUCGCAAUCUCAAAAACCCACCCCGAAAGCGGCGAAGAGUCAAGACUUGUUGAUUCAGUUUUGGAAGGAUUCUACUUCGGUUUGAGCUUGCGUAAUUUUGACUUGGUUGUUGAGAUCACUCUUUCGUCGAUGUACAUUGCUGACCAAGUGGCGCAAAAAACGAGUCACAUGUAUCCUGCUUUCAAGAACUUGGUCACUUCUGAAGUCCUUGAAGAUCCACAAGCUGAGAAGAAAGACCUGGUCAAAUUCAAAUACACUCAAGUCCAAACCGACCACCCCGAAUUUAUGACGCUCUACGAGGGUAUUGGUAAAUCUGUUGAUGCAGAUUUGUCCACUAUCAACAUCGUCGUAACUCGCCCCACGAUUCUUGAACUCUUUGAUUGGAUUAUGAAUACCUUCACCGAUACAGAUUCUAGCCCUAGCGCAUCCGAGGCCGCGCAACUUCCUGAUCGUCCAGCUCUAGCAGUCGAUCAGUCUGCAUCUGGUUCGGCCCUUGACAAAAUAAGAGUGAAGGUCAGGAUGCGAACCAUCGCAUUUUUAUUCAACGAUGACGGACGUAGACUGGCGACUCUAUCAUUAUCUUCCGCGGAUGUUUCGGUUUUGUUGAAUGGGCCGACAAUGCGUAUUAAUGCGCGCUUAGGCAAUCUGACUUUAGAGGAUGACACAGUCGAAUCUAAUAACGCCAAGUUCCAACGUCUAGUGGAAAUCCAGGGCGAUGAUUUAGCAAAUUUCCAGUACGAGACAUUCUUAAAAGGAGACAGCACGUAUCCAGGGCACGAUUCGAUGGUCUAUUUGAGAUCCGGAUCAAUUCAAUUCACCGUCGUGGAAAGUAUUUGGCAUCGCCUACUAGUAUUCUUUUCUAAGUUUGCUCAGAUGAAAGCUGUUAUGGAUGCCGCUAGUGCAGCUGCGCGCCAGCAAGCCAACGAUUUAUCUCAGACUACCACAAAGAUGCACUACGAUAUUUUGAUCAGAACACCCAUUAUCAUAUUUCCUCUCGAUGGCAACUCGACAGACUCAUUGAUCGCAUAUUUGGGUGAAAUUAACGCUUCCAAUUCCUUUUCAGGAAGCGGAGAUGAACUAGUGACUACGACCAGGGCGGGGCUUCACAACAUUCGCCUUACUUCUGAGCUUUCUCACGAGGGCAAAUCAAACACUUUGGAAAUAUUGGGUGAUGUUAAUAUCGAUUUGAUGAUGGCCACCUUCACCUUAGCCGAGCGAUGCCGUGGUAGUAACCCAUCACCUGAUAGUGAUAUUGUGGCCCAAAUGUCAGACGUGAAGAUCAAUUUAACCCAACCACAAUACUUUGCUUUGUUAGCUCUUGCGUCCUCGAUCCCCAAAAUACUUGAUUUGAGUGAAUUGAAUCAAGAUUCAACACGCCCCAAGCCUGUGUCAAAUCCCGAUUCUCGCCUUUCGCACCCCAACACCAAGUCCGAAUUCUCCAAGCCUCGCUUGAUCGAACAAAGCUCUCAAGUAUCUUCAAGUUCGACUUCCAAACAAGCCGCUGUAGCAGUUUGGGUCACAAUGGAACUGGCUUUCACAGUAACUAAUGUAACAUUGGAGUUGUUUGAUGCCACAAUUACGCCUUCUGAAACUGAGCGAAACAACAGCUUGGCUAAGUUUUCGUUGACUGGCAUUCGCGCCUUUUCGAAUACCAAGUCUGACGGAUCAAUGAAGGCGGAAAUGCUUCUAAAAGCUCUACGGACGAUUGACACACGUGCUUGGAAGGCUACCAAGUUUCGUGAGAUUGUCCCCGUCGCCGAGCAUGAUAGUGACCAGCUGGCGCUCAGUUACAAACAGACAGAAGCCUACAGCUGUGUUAAUUUGGAACUCGAUUCUCCAAACUUGAUCCUCUCCUUGGAUUUUCUCUUCGCCAUUCAAGCAUUCCUUACCGAUUCAAGAUCCCUUGUCAAUCCGGCAGCUACUGAGUCGCCCCAAGACCUCUCCAAGUCGACACCCUCGGGAAAUCAACCAACAUCGACUUUCCAUUACUCUGUUAAUGUGAUCCGGCCGAAGUUGACAAUCAUCUCAGACCCCGAAAAAAGUGAUAGUGAUUCUGUUCAUCUCAUUAUUGACAAAUUUUCAGUCAAUCAACAACAGGUCUUGACUGCCAUGGUAAUAGACAUGUGCAUGUCCUUGGGAACGAUGAAUGAUCUUCAGAACGAUGUCAAAUUUCUGGAUGCAUGUACGAUGAGCUUUUCAUUGACUGAUGUACCGCAAGAUGGACACGCCCAGGUUUCUAUGCAUGCCCAUACUACACCGCUGAUUCUUAGGCUGUCGUAUAGAGAUUUCUUAUUGGUAUACUCUGUGUAUUGCAAAGCUCUCGAUUUCUCUCAAGUUGACCCAUCAGAUAAACAAACAGCACAAGAAUCUGGGCUCGAGAACAAGGAUCUUCUGCCGAGGUCACCCUCUGUGCUCUCAUCAAGCUCCCCAACUCCCACUCACACUCCUGAAAAGCUCUCUGUCCUUAUAGAUAAGAUACAAGUCGUGCUCAUUGGCGACCUUCAUGAGCAACCUCUUUUGGAUUUUCACACACGGAACUUUGAAUUAAUUGCCAGCAAUUGGUCUCACGAGCUUUCACUUGACACUUCAAUCACAUUUACGAUCAACUACUACAACUUGGCCAAUUCGAAUUGGGAACCACUCAUGGAAGCGUGGCCGAUGUCAUUCCAAAUGGCUCGUCUCGGAUCUCCUUUGCAAACCGCAUUGUCUUUGGAUUCUAAGGAGCGCCUAGAAUUGAAUUUGACGGCUACGUUCAUCGAUAUCGUCAUGACCGGUGCUGAAAUUUGGGGUCGGGAGGGCGAAAGCUUCUUACAUCGAAAACGUGGUGUGACUGCACCUUAUGCAAUAAAAAAUUUCACCGGUUAUUCUCUGAAGAUAUGGGCCGAGUUGGACGAUGGGUCUCAUAGCGGUGAAGAUCAUGUGGUUGAGGACGGCAAAGAGUUAUCUUGGCGUUUUGAAGAUUGGAAAUCAACUCGUGAGAAUGUCUCUCCUUCCACUCAACAUACCUUAGGGCUGGUGCUGCAAGACGCUGGUUGGACUUCAGUUGGCGGGAUAUCAGUAGUUAGGGAAGGCGAUGAAGUUUACCCUUUGCGACCAUCCAUCGAUAAAGUUACCCAUCGAUUGUUAUGUCAUGUCGAAAUUAUAGAUAACGUGAAAGUUGUAACUUUCCGUUCAACCUUUCAAGUUCGAAAUGAUACGUUGUUCCCCAUUGAGAUGGGCAUCGUAAACAUGAGUGACACGCUGAUUCGUGAACCUUGCAGAAUUGCACCGAAUCAAUCCUGUUCAGUUCCCAUACAGGCAGCCUAUCAUCAAAAAAUCAAGAUACGCCCGGCUACAAAAAACAGUUUUGCUUGGUCCGAAAAAGCGCUGGGUUGGACAGAUCUGGUCAAGCAACCCGUUCGAACUAUAACUUGUGCAGCCAAUAAUCGACAAGAACCAUCACACCGUUUCAAUGCUACCACAAUCUAUGACGAAGAGGAUAGCACGGUCCGGUAUUAUCCCAAAAUCACUUUGUAUUUGCGCGCGCCGAUCGAAAUUGAAAAUUUACUCCCGUUCGACAUCAACUGUACUAUACACUUAGACAAGAAUUAUUCAACAUUGUUGAAAAAAGGCGAGCUGUUCCCUGUGCACAUCGUCAAUGUUAUGGACUUGAUGUUGCUAGGUAUCGAAUUCAAGGACGAGGGAAUGGUCGGCAUGAGGAGUCAGUAUGCAGUAGUCAACACAAAUAAUCCUGAAGACGUGCCUCUGGAAAACCGAAUGUCAGUCACGGACGAAGAUGGCUUAGCCCUCAACUUGGGGCUUCAUUAUAUGCGAUACCCUUUGUCGGGUGGGGCAUUCAAAGUUCAACUUUAUAGCCCUUACGUGGUAAUCAACAAGACUGGGUUGGACUUUUCAAUAAACUCCAAACCGUUCAUUGGCAAAGCUAAAAAGGUUGCAGGGCAGAAUCUAUGCGGGAAUGCCAGCCGUCGUAAGGAGCCUCGCCCGUUGUUAUUUUCACACCUCAGCGAUGACAAAAGGAACCGUGCCGUUAUUCGAGUCGGAGAUUCGAAUUGGUCCAAGGGUAUCAAUUUUGAUGUCGUUGGAGCCAAUCAGCAAGUGACUAUGCAAACUUCAACAAAAACCUCAGAGUACCGAGUUGGAUUAACAGUGUCGGAAGGACUCGGAAAGUACAAACUUACUAAGGUGGUAGUAAUCUACCCUCGUUUCAUCAUCAAAAACGAGGCGGACCAACCAAUAUGCCUUCGGGAGGAUGUCUCAGAUCAGAUGUCAAUUGUUAAACCUGGAAAACGUGCCCUGUUAAGUCUAUUCAUGAGAAGCACCGAUCCGCAAUUAGUUGUCGCUUUUGAAUCUCCUAUGGGUAAACGUUGGUCCAAACCUUUCCGAAUACAAAACGUCGGGAAAGUCUAUAUACGAGCUCAGGAUCCCCAGAAUGAGGAAACACUGGUUCAUGCAGAAAUUUUGCUUCAAGGCCCAUCAAUCUUUAUCAAACUUAACGUCAAUCCUACUCAGUGGCCUAUUUUGUUUCGCAACAAAAGUAGCUCUGUUUUGCACUUCGGCCAGACAGUCAUAAAUAGUACCAGCAAGGACAACUUAGGAGUUAUGAAGUUUUAUGAAUCUCAGCCGAAUACCGAAACACGUUAUGCGUGGGACGAUCCCGCUGCUGGCUUACAAAGCUUGAUUCGUGUGGUCUUGUUCCGGGAAGCGGAAGGAUCUUCUUCCAAACCAUUACCACCUAUCAUUCUGAGAGAUGUGCAUGUUCUGGAAGUUGGACAGUUGGAGCCAGUCAGAACGCAUAGAUCCGGUCAAAAGCUAGCUUUUGAUGUUGUAGCCGAAGGGCAGGCUCAGGUGCUAGUUAUUUCUGACUAUAACGAAGCCACUAAUGUGUGGAAGGUGGCCAGAAAGAAUACCCCUGGCGCUCCAAUCCAGCGUUCCGACAGUUUCAGUAGCUUGGGUGAUGCUGUAUUUGAGGCCACCACCGUGGAGCCGAUCACCCUGGUCACUGCCUCCAUCAGUUUGGAAGGAAUCGGAAUUUCGAUCAUCGAUAAACGAAUGCGGGAAUUGGUGUACGCUUCUUUCCGAGGAAUUGACAUUACUUACGAAGAAAGCCAGCUCCAGCAAGACUACGGGAUUGUGAUAUGUUGGAUCCAAUUAGACAAUCAAUUGAACGGCGCGCUCUUUCCUGUUUUGUUCCGUCCUACGGAUCUUUCUGCUGAUCCUAAAGCGGUUGAGACACGCCCUAACUUGCAAAUAAAAGCCAACGUUGUUAAGGACGACAAACAUGGCGUUGUUUAUAUCAAGUAUGCGACUGUGCUGUUGCAAAAAAUGUCUCUUGAGAUGGACGAGUCUUUUGUCAUUGCUCUAGUGGGAUUCACCAAAUUUUCUGGUGCCUCGUGGAAUCGUGAACAUGUAAAUCAACUUAUUGCAGAUCCUGUUGGGAUACCCGAACCGGCGUCAGAAGGUGGAGGACUAGAUUUAUACUUUGAACUUCUGCAUUUGCAGCCGUUUGCGAUCGUGAUCUCGUUUGAGCGGCAGGAAAGUGUAGAUGCUACUGAGAGGACGUUCGAUUCGCGAAACCCCUUGUAUUUCUUGCUUAAUGCAGUAACGAUGGCCAUCGGGACCAUAAGCGGCGCUCCCCUGAUGUUGAAUCAACUGAAGAUAGAAAAUGCCAGGAUGUCUCAAAACCAACUUAUGGCUCGUCUAAUCCAGCAUUACCAAAAUGAAGGACUGUCACAGUUGUAUCGGGUGCUUGCAUCUGCUGAUUUCCUUGGUAACCCCGCCGGACUUUUCAGUAAUGUCAGUUCUGGUGUUCAAGAUCUGUUUUACGAACCUUUCAAUGGUGUCGUAUUACACGGCGGCAGUGAAUUGGGUGUUGGGAUUGCCCGAGGAGCAACCAGUCUUGUGAAGAAAAGUGCAUUUGGGGUCACAGAUAGUGUGUCUAAGAUUACCGGAUCUGUUAGCAAGGGACUCUCCGCCGCUGCCUUGGACUCCGACUGGGCUCGUGAACGACAACGUCGACAGUUCCGCAACCGAAAUAAGAUUAAUGGCUUGGCUACAGGUACCAGCGCUUUUUUGAACUCGUUGGCUAGCGGGAUCCAGGGCGUGGCUAUGAAACCGAUUCAAGGUGCCGAAAAUGGAGGCGCUGUUGGAUUUUUCAAGGGUGUCGGCAAAGGAUUAGUAGGAGUCGUGGCGAAGCCUGCCGUAGGAACGUUUGACUUCUUGAGUAAUGUUUCUGGUGGUCUCAGAAACGCCACUACAGUCUUCGAUCCCAGCCGGGGCGGGAGGUGUCGAUUACCACGUCACAUAUCUCAUGAUGGAAUCUUAAGGCCUUACAGCCUUCGUGAAGCCCAAGGACAGGAUUGGCUGAGAUCGGCUGACAAUGGGAAACUUUAUUCUUGCAAAUACGUCGCCCACGUCGAGCUUCCAAACGAUCAAGAUUCGGUCUGUAUCUUGACGACCGAUCGGAUCGUGAUGCUUCAGAUCAACAAGCUGGUCAUCAUUUGGCAGGUACUCUUGUCAGAGUUAAAGGAAGUCGUGUCUGAACCAAGCGGCGUCAGGCUCAUCCUCAAAGAUGAUUAUACAAAGCCGCUUAUUGCAUUGAUCGACAGUAGCACUAGAUCGUGGUUUGGACAACAUAUCUUCAAGUAUAUACAUCUCAUGUUACUUUCUAGUGAUCAUUCUCUAAGUGUGCUAAUGAUCACCUGGGUAUUUCGUUGCAGGCUUCUCAAGGAUUACAACGACAAAAAGAAACGAGCCGCAGGUGGUAGUCGACAUGGGUCCUAA